AUCUUUCCAGGAUGUGACCAAGAACUGCAUGAUUAAAAAAUUCAUGCCACGCCAACAAUCUUUUACUAGUUGAUAACUGUGCAGAUUUUAUUUCCUCUACUCGAAGGAGAUUCAUAUUACAUCAUGAAGAUCACAAUCAAGACGCUUCAGCAGCAGACAUUUGAAGUAGAAAUAGAUGGUAACUCCAAGGUGAAAGAGCUUAAGGAGAAGAUAGAGGGAAUCAAAGGAAGAGAUUAUCAAGCAUCAUCUCAAAAAUUGAUUUACGCAGGUAAAAUAUUGGAUGAUGAGUCUCCCUUGAGUGAGUAUCACAUAGAUGAGAAGAAGUUUGUCGUCAUCAUGGUGGCAAAACCAAAGCCAGCCCCACCGGCUGGACCUUCUGACCCGACUGUGGCUGCUGCAGAAGCCCUGAAGAAACAGGAAGAGAGUUCAAAACCCAAAGAAGAAAAGGCAAGAAGCCCUCCUCCGGCCCCUUCUCAGCCAACUGAGAGGUCAUCAAAACCACAUGGGAGCACUGGGGUACCGGUAACUGAAUCCAGUUCACCAGAAUCAGCUCUUCUGACUGGCGAGGAGUAUGAAAAGGUUCUUCGCAACAUAAUGGAAAUGGGAUAUGAGAAGGCUGAGGUUGAGAGGGCAUUAAGAGCAAGCUACAACAAUCCUGAUCGCGCAGUGGAAUACUUAUUAACGGGUAUACCUGCUUCGGCCUCAGAGCCCCAGCAAGAAAGCAGCAUAGAGUCACAAGAAGCUGAGACUCGAGGCAUUGAGACAGCUCCUACUACAGAUGGUUUGUUCAAUAUUGUUAUCAAUACUGUAAAUCCCCUGAGCUUCCUUAGGAGUCAGCCCCAAUUCCAGCAAAUGCGACAGGUGCUUCAGAGCAAUCCAAGCCUCCUGAACACCGUUCUGCAGCAGAUUGGACAAAGUAACCCGCAGUUGCUUCAACUCAUCUCCCAGAACCAAGAAGCCUUCAUUCGCAUGCUAAAUGAGCCUGCUGGAUCAGGUGGGUCGACGGUAAGCGGUGAUGCAAACAGUGGAAGUGGUGGUGGGCCAGGUGAUGUCAUUCCCGGGGUCAUUCAUGUCACACCAGCCGACAAGGAAGCCAUCGAAAGGUUGAAAGCCUUGGGAUUCCCCGAGCACCAAGUCAUAGAGGCCUAUUUUGCAUGUGACAAGAACGAGAAUCUGGCUGCCAACUACUUGUUAUCGCAAAACUUCGACGAAUGAGUUGAGUGUACCAAGACGGUGUUCUCGUGUGUCAUUCAUCAGUUUCUCUGCUUUCUCUCUUUCUCACUCACUCUCUUCCUCUCUCCCUCUGUCCUCUACUUGCUGAGAGAUUGUGCUAAUAUGAAGCUGUCUUGGCAAUCUUCUCCAGUUUGGUAUCUGGUUCUGCUUUGCAGUAUAGUAAAUAAAAGAACCAUCUUGGAAACAGAGCUGUGGAAUCAUACUGCAGGAUCCAACGUACAUCUUUGGUUUAUUUCUCAGAAAUUUUGUGUUGGAAUAUCUACGUUCUCAAAAUAAAAUGAGUUUUUUUUUCUCAAGA